GAGCUGUUUCCGUCCACAGACCGGGACUGAAACUGGGCCUGGCUGCGCUCAGGACUUUGAACAUUAAUCUGAGUCAGACUUUAAAAUGUCAGCCAUCCAGCAGGAAGCCAGCAGGUGAAGCGUAAAGAGGAGCGGACCGUCCCUCCACCAGGCUCCUCUUUCACUGGCAUGAAGUGAAGACUCAGAUUUCCAGAAGGCGCAGAGCAGAGCGGCUCGCUUCUCACCGUCGCUACAUGGCUCUCCCCAUCGUGCCCAUCGCGCUGCUGCUCUUCGGACUGGUUGGCAUCCUGCUGCUCACCGUUCCCACCCAGGACGUCCGGGACGCGCCGGGGUUCAUGUAUGGAAUUGUCCUGGAUGCUGGUUCUUCCCACACAGCUUUGUAUAUUUAUAAGUGGCCUGCAGAUAAGCAAAAUGGCACCGGUGUGGUCACCCAGCACAGCGACUGCCAUGUGGAAGGUGGGGGAAUAUCUAGCUACGCGGGCCAAAGCGGAGCAGCAGGUAGGAGCUUAGAGGCGUGUCUGGAUCAGGCUGUUAAGGAUAUUCCCAAAGAGAGACACCAGAACACGCCCGUGUACCUGGGGGCCACAGCUGGCAUGAGAAUCCUGAAUAUUUCCAAUCCAACGCAGUCGAGUCAGAUACUAGAAGAGGUGGGCCAGAAAGUCAAGUCGUACCCUUUCGACUACCGCGGAGCUGCCAUAUUGAGCGGACAGGAGGAGGGAGCGUACGGUUGGGUCACCGCCAACUAUCUCUUAGAGAACUUCAUUAAGUACGGGUUCGUCGGGCGCUGGUUCAGCCCCGGGAGACCGACGGUGGGGGCGCUCGAUUUAGGCGGAGCGUCCACACAGAUAACGUUCGCUACUGAGGAGGCGGUGGAGGACGAACGGGACAUGAUGAAGCUGCGUCUUUAUGGUCACGAGUACUCCCUGUACACCCACAGCUUCCUGUGCUAUGGCCAGGACCAGCUUUUAAAGAGACUGCUGGCUCACAUCGUGAAGUCUCAGGGUUACUCUCAGGUGGUCACUCAUCCCUGCUACCCUGCAGACUACAGCAGGACACUGAAAAUGGACGACAUCUUCAGCUCACCCUGCACCGCGCGGGACAAACCCGACUCCUACAACCCCGAGAGCGGCUUGACGUUGCAAGGCAGCGGACAUUACGAGCACUGCGUGGGCAACGUGUCCGUGCUCUUCUCCUUCGACGGCUGUCCCUUCUCGCAGUGUUCGCUUGACAAAGUCUUCCAACCAAACAUCACCGGCAGCUUCAUGGCGUUCUCUGCUUUUUUCUACGUUCACUCCUUCCUGCGGCAAAUCACCAGAAUCACAGUCAGCACCCCGCAGCUGCUGGACCAGGCCGCCGAGGCGCUGUGCGCCAUGAGAUACAGUCAGCUGCUCAGUCUGGCUCCGGCAGAAAGGCCUCGUCUGCAGAACUACUGCGCUUCCUCUGUGUUCAUCAAAACUCUCCUUGUGAGAGGAUACGGCUUUGAUGACGCGUCGUUCCCUCUCAUUUCCUUUCAGAAGAAGGUGGGGGACACGUCGAUGGGCUGGGCUCUGGGCUACAUGCUGACUCUCAGCAGUCUGUUACCCGCGGAAAGCGUCGGGGUGAGGAAAACCCUCACCCUGGGAGCAUGGGGGACGCUCCUCUUCCUCUUCAUUGUCCUCCUCUUAGUCAUCUGUGCCUUCCUUCUGCUUCGAGCUCGAGACAGGAGGAAGAAAGGAGGUGAUGAAAGCGCCAUCUAGAUUCCACAUGCACCUCUAUGGAGGUGAAGAAAAGAAAAACAUACAGGACAUUUGGAUUAUGUUCUUCUAUCUCUUUUGCAUCAUUGCUCCUACCAGCAAUUUAUUUUAAUAUAAAAAAGGUGUAUAACUACAUCUGCUUUAAAUUACAGCCCUGCUCAAAAGUUUGCAUCCACCCUUCAUCUGCAGGACUGUUUUUUUUCUUUCAAUGUUGUUUUUAAACUGUUCUGUUUUUUUGUUAGUUUUUUUAUUUUAAAGGUUUGGUUGACUUUUAAUGACAACAUACAGCCCAUAUGUUUGAGUUUACUGUGGAUUUUCUCCCAUACAUACAGGCUCAGGUAUAUUCCAACAGUACACUCCCAUUAAUAUCUGUUUAGGUAUCUGCAGAAAAACCAUCAGCAAACUUCUGGUUUAUUUCUGAUUGGAUAUUUGACCAUGUUUCCAUGCAGAACUGGUGAGCAUUAUCUAAACCGGAUGGUUGCCUUGGUAGGUUUUUAUUUCUUUCUUUCAAACCUGAGGUCAGGGCUAUUACAGAAGACGAACGUCCGGUGUCAUUGUCACACUGCAACAACCAACUGAGCCCAAGUUUAAACCAGCUAGCUGUUUAUUUGAGGGGAACUUGAAGAAGUUGAUGGUUAAUGUCCUUCAUUAUUCCCUCCAUUUUCCCCUAACGCAGCAGGGCAAUUGGUCUAUAGGGACAGCAUGAUGCUACGACCGCCACGAGCUGUCUCCAGUCACUCAUCAUUGCCCACCCAGUCAUAAACGCAGGGGUGGCGUUCUCCCUGUAUGCUUUCAGUUCAUCAGAUAUCUAUGGUUCAUUUUGGUCCAAUAAUGAACUUCUCAAUGUGGUCAAACAGCUCAAUCUUGGUGUAGUCUGACCAUUUCAGAUAAAUUUGAUGUUGUCCCUUUUGGAGCACCACCCCUUUUGGUCCAUGUUGAUAUAAAACUGACCUCACUGUGAACAUUUCCAGCAGUAAAGCCGCAGUUUCUCAGUUCACUGCAGGUAUGAACCUCAUUGGUUCUUGGGUUGUUCCCAAACAUCCAAACUAGCUUUCUUUCAUUUGAAGGGACCAGUUUGGGAGAGAUGGUUGACACUUGGACCUCGUACGCUUCUUUUAAAAAGACAUCUUUCUCAAACACACAUCAACAUUUCAUUCUGAAUUUUGAGCCUCUUUGCUGAAAAGGUGUAGACUUUUGAAUGAAUGGUUGAAUAUCCAACCAUAAUUAUACCAGAAGCUCAAAAAAUAAAGAUGGGCAACUUGCUAAGAGACAUUUAGCCAAAUAUUAGUGUAUAAAUUUGAGUCUGUAUGUUUUAUAUUGACCCUGCGUGAAAAUCCACAGUAAAUUAGAAUUUGUGAUUGGUUUUUUUUUAAGAAAUUUGAAGCUGUUUGUAUACAUUUCUUGAUGAGGGGGGUAUGAAAACUUGAUGACACGUAUCUGAAAGAUGAGAUGGGAGAAUAUAAGUGUAAAAAAACACUUUUAUUUCUGUUAUGUAACGCUCUAACAAAAGGAGAAAAAGGGACUAAUUUAAGAAACUUUUUUUUUAAAAAUGUCACUGCUGAAGUAGAAGCAGGUAUUUGUAUAGUUAACUUAAAUACAGGUCAGACUGUCCAAGCUGCCGUACGUCAUUUCUAACAGCAACAAUAAAUGAGAUGUGAUAAUAUAUGAACUUAGGAAUUCAGAAAUGAAGGAAAUCAAAACAAAAUAAAAUCAACCAUUAUGUAAAACAGAGAUUUAAAAAUUAAAAUGAGAAUUUGGGCAAAUUAGCACACUUGAAAAUAUAAUUUGAAAGGCUAAGAUUUUAGCCUGGACUUAGAAACAAGCCACCAGAGAUGGCGACUCAAAUCACACUAAAGUCACAAUAGUAGAAGACUUGAGACUCAGGAAAUAAAACCCUUUGUCUCCUUUAAGCUUGUGAUUGGAUCUGAAAACAUGGAGAAAAUGCUUGUCUGUGGACCUGAUAGGCAUGAGUGACUGUUUGGGCAUAAAAAAUAAACAUGUAUAAACACUCAUCAAGGUGCAUCGGACCCAAAAUAACUUCCUCAUUCAACAUUCUCAAAAAAAGAGAGAAAGAAAUUAAACUGGACAUGCAGAAAGGUCCAAUGAUUGUGUUGCAGAUCAAACAUAGGUUAGCUCGAUGCGUUGCAAAUAAAUAAUAGCAGUAUUAGUGUGUUUAAUAUUUAUUUAGCAAACAGCUGUUUAGAAUGCAGUAUUUGUUAGCUAUUAAAUUCAAAGUGUCACUAAUUUGUGAGUUGAGUGUCAACAUCAAAUUCCUCAAUCAGCUUUAUUGGUGAAGUCUCUUUAAACAAAGAACUAAUAAAAGACUUUCACAUGUUCAGUCAGUGAACGCGCCACAGCUAAGCAGCACCAGGUGGCCCUGAAUGCAACACUUUAGCAUAGCAUUUGUUACUGGGUGAAGGGAAAUAUCUAUUUGUAAGCACUUUGGGGAUUUUUUUCUUAAAUCAGUGAUGCCAACUCCAGCAGAUAACAGGGUUACUGAACGUCUUACUGGAAAUCGCUGUUAGUUAAAUAAGAAACGAAGAGAUAAGAAAAUGUCCACAAUAUUCUGAUGGAUGUGUUUCUAUACUUUACAUCGUUUUGUUUAUUUAUUCUAAACUUACAAAACUCAUUAACAGCUUUAGGUAAUGUUAGUUUUUGAUUUUCUGGAGCUCUUUAUAGGUGUCUGAUGUAAAUCGUUAAGUGAUGUAUUGUACUUAAUAUAAGGAUGCAUCUGUCAACUUCAAAGUGACUAUAACUAGUCAGUAAGUACUUGAUCAGCAAGUAAAAUACUGAAAAAUCUCAUUUUUCUCUUUUUCCUUAUAUGUAUCAAUCUUUAAAAGUCUCACUGUCUUUUGGUCUGUCAACGUGGCAACAAAUACCAGGUCCUUUCUUGCACUAAAGUGGUUUAAGCAAAUGUAUAAAUGAGGAUACUCUUGUCAUAAUCUUGUUUUCCUUUGGGCUCAAAGCAGCUAAUUUUUUCAGCAUAUUUUCUUUUUGUUACAUUAAGUUGAAUCCAAACAAACUGGACACAGGUGAGGUGGAAUGUGCUCUAAAAGGAAAACCUCAUUUGACAGGACUGGAAAUCUCUUUCAGCAAAUAAAAAAAAUGGAGCAGUG